AUGAUAUUAAUAUUAGAAGUUCAAGAAGUACUUCAAGAAGCAAUUCAAGAAGUACUUCAAGAAGCAAUUCAAGAAGUACUUCAAGAAGUAUUUCAAGAAGUAUUUCAAGAAGCAAUUCAAGAAGUAAUUCAAGAAUAA